AUGCCCCCCGCCGUCCUCGCCGCCGCCGCCCUCCUCCGCCUCGCAGCCUUUGCCCUCCCCAGCCUGCCCGCCCUCCUACAACCGAGGCCCGAGAUAUCCACCCCGCUCGUCUCCUUUCGCAGCUUAAAAGAAGGCGUCUUUCUCUACAGCCAUGGCACCAACCCAUACAUAGGCGGCACCCUCUAUCAUGCAAGCAUAUUCACCCAUGUCGUCCCUAUAGCAUCACCCCUGGCUACGGCUGCUCUAUGGACACUCGUCGACCUCUGGAGCUCCGGGCGCCUCUUGCGAAUAGCAGGGGCAAGACGUGGCAGUAGUGCUUCACGAAAUGCACUCGUGGCUGCAUUAUAUCUCUUCAACCCAUACACUCUGGCCACGUGCUUGGCAAGGUCGACAGCAAGCAUAGACAGCGCGAUCCUGCUCACCGCAAUCUCGGCCGCAAUUGACGGCAACAUUUCCGUGGCGUUGUUCAUCCUUACCAUUGCAUCAGCAGCCUGCGUCUACCCGGUGCUGCUAUUCCCGCCCAUCAUCAUGCUUCUCUGGAAACACAACACAGUCUCUGGUACGCGACUGGCAAUCCAAUCUGUAGCAACGGUGGCCACCAGCGCGUCCGCUGUGUCCAUUCUCGGUCAUUCCAUGGUCAGAUGGAGCUGGGUUCCGCAUACCCUAGGACUCGUAGUCUCUGUUGCUGAUCUUACUCCAAACGUUGGGAUGUGGUGGUAUUUCUUUACAGAGAUGUUUGACCACUUUCAUACUUUUUUCCUUGGCGUUUUCCAGGCAAGUCUCAUCUAUGUGGCACCCAUCUGCUUGAGAUUGUCUGACGAUCCCCUGUUUGCACUAUUGCUCUUGGUCGGCAUCAUCAGCACAUGGAAGAGCUACCCGUCUUUGGGCGACAUGGCACUCUGGGCCGGCCUUCUGGGGUGUUUCCCCGACAUUGUUUCGAACUUGCGACACCCACUCUUCACCCUCACUGUCCACCUCUACACGGCCAUUCUACUGCCCCUGCUCCAUUCGCUAUGGCUGCUCACCGGUACAGGCAACGCCAAUUUUUUCUAUGCUGCCACAAUGGUGUAUGGGCUCAAUGCCAGUCUGGCGAUUGUCGAUGUUCUGGGAGCGGGGAUGCGGCAUAGAGUCAAGACGUCGGUGGACAAGUGGGCAGCGGAGCAACAGUCGAUAGAUGGAGGUGCUGCGGAUACCAAGACAGAUUGGGAUAGCAGAGGGUGGCACGCUGUUCAAUUUUCUGCAUAG